GCGCACCUCCAAAGUCGCGUCGAUUGUUUUGCUUGCUCAAUGUUAAAUAUUAAUGAGCGUUCGUUCGGUCGAAGAACUUUCGAUUAGUGACACCAGAAAAGUGUUUGGAUAACUAAAAUAGUUUUACACAAUGUUUAUUUCGAACAGUUAACUAGUUUCGCUUGCGAGUUAGAUCUAAGUCUUAAAGUGUUGCAAACGAGUUAAAAACUAGGAUAGUGAAAAAGUCUAUCAUUAUGGCUCUAGUAUUACGAUCGAUAUUUAACAUUUACACAUUCUAUUUCGAGGAGUAUAAUGAUCCUAGAGUGGAACAAUUUCCUCUACUGGGCUCUCCCUGGCCGGUAAUACUGUUGAUAAUCCUGUACAUCAAGUUUGUCAGCGAAUGGGGUCCAAAGCUGAUGGAACAUCGCAAACCAUUCGGUCUGAAAGGACUAAUGAACGUUUACAACGUAUCGCAAGUCCUGCUAAAUUUGUACAUCGGUCUGACGGGAUUUUAUAAUUCGUACUUUACUGAUGAUGAUUACAGUUGGGUUUGCGAACCAAUCAACCAGAAGGUUACCCCGGCCAGACGGAAGCUCAUUUUCGUGACAUAUUUAUAUUUCUUGUCGAAAAUCGUGGACUUGCUUGAUACUGUAUUCUUCGUGCUGAGAAAAAAGAACAAUCAAAUAACCUUUUUGCAUAUAUAUCACCAUGCGGGAAUGGUAGCAGCUACGUAUGUUUUUAACAAAUUUCUUUCAGGUAGCCACGCUACACUACUGGGGCUAAUCAACAGUUUUGUGCACGUUAUCAUGUACUUCUAUUACUUCCUGACCUCGUUCCGGCCGGAACUGAAAAAUUCCUUAUGGUGGAAGAAGUACAUAACACAGGUUCAAAUGUUCCAGUUUCUGAUCCUCAUGAUACACUUUGGAGCUCCGCUGCUGCUCGGUUACUGUAACUAUCCGACCUUCGUACUGUUUAUCGGUUUCUCGCAAAACAUAUUCAUGUUUACACUGUUCGCUGACUUCUACGUGAAAGCCUACCUCAAAGCGAGAAAGCGCGUCGCGGCGUAGAAUCGGAAAGAAGUGACCCACCUUUACGUAGUACGCCUCAUUCACUAGUACAAGUAGUCGAUUAAUUUUUCAUGAGAUGAUGUUUAAAUUUUAAGUAAGGGCGAUUGCUUGUGCUCCGAAGAAAUAGAUUAAAUUAUAGAUAAAUUACCAUUCGAAGUAAAGAGCGUUGUCAUUGUUGCUUUGGCAGCAUGUGUUGCGUUCCGAUUCAAUGUUUGGGUAUGAAAGCCGAGAAGGUGUGUAAUUUAUACCGUUCCUUUCUAAUAGCGAUACUACGAUACUUAGACUCUUAGCAGCUAGAAAGGGGAGGAUCCAUAAAAAAA